AUGGCUUCGAAAACAGUUGCUAGGGCAUGUUUUCUGGGCAGGAGAUCUUUUUCAGGCUGUCUAAGAGCACAGUCGACCGGGGCCCAGUCUUCGCCUUAUUCGGCACCAGAAACUGCAAUCGCGAAACACAAACCCAGCACUUUGAAAGAAAUAUACGCAAAGUACAAAAAUGGAACUCCGAUAUCCGUGGUAACUGCCCAUGACUAUAUUUCUGGAAAAUGGGCUGAUGCUGCGCCCUCUUGCGAUGCUGUUCUUAUUGGCGAUUCGCUGGCAAUGGUAGCUGUUGGAUACCCAACCACCCUGGAGAUACCGUUCGAUGAGUUUUACUAUCAUUGUGCCUCGGUAUGCAGAGCUGUGAAAUCCAAGUAUAUUAUAGCAGAUUUGCCGUAUGGAUCGUUCGAGAGCUCCGUGGAGAAGUGCAUUGAGAGCUCAAUGAGACUCAUGAAGCUGGGCAAGAUUUGCAGCAUCAAGAUAGAGGGUGCUUACGAACACGAAGAGUCAAUAUCGAGACUAAUAAAACUUGGAAUUCCAGUUACGGGCCACAUUGGUUUGAAGCCACAAAGAUUCAACGGAUUGGAAGGUUUCAGAGUUCAGGGCAAGACCGUUGAUUCUGCGUUGCAGAUACUUAAAGAGGCCCUGUUCCUACAGGAGACUGGAAUCUCCCUUUUGGUUCUGGAAGGGAUUCCGCACGAGAUAGCAUCAUAUAUCACAACCAAAUUGUCGAUUCCAACUAUCGGAAUCGGUGCAGGAAAUGGUACCAGCGGUCAGGUGCUGGUUCAGGCAGAUCUACUUGGAAUGCACACUGGAAGGGGCCCAAAGUUUGUCAAGAGAUAUGAAGAUUUGUACGGAAAAGGUGUUGCUGCGAUUGAGAAGUAUGCUCAAGAGGUUUCCGCAUCAGCUUUCCCUGAUAAUGCCGUUCAUACCUAUCCAAUGAAGACGAAGGUUCUGGAGGAGUUUUUAGAGCAGGCCGAAAAGAUAUAG